CUACAGCUCGGCACAUAUCUCUGCGCGAACGCUCCUACGCUCGUCUGCCUGCCCCAAGGCCAUUUACCCGACCAAGACACAGCGAAAGAGAGAGAACAGUAGGCGUGCGGGCAUCGGUAGCUGUACCUGUCUUGUGUGUCUGUCUUGUGUGUCGCAGCGGCAACCGCACACACCUGUCUCCCUGUGUCUCUCUCGCGCCGCUUUUGUGUGCGAGCGAACGACGACACAUCUUGCGGGAAGGAGUACGUUUAUGGAAUACAUGACAGACGACGUGCGCAGCCCGCGGUAGCGACGAGACGCGCUCGUGUAUAUAGUACCCGCGUCGUCCGCUUGGCGUCGUCCGUGUCGGUUUGUCGACAGGUUGUUGUCGUCGACGGCGACAGCCUCGUGAAGCUCGUUAAAGCGUCGACGACAAGCUGAGUGUGUCGUGCGUGCGCUGGUGUGUCGCCAUCGUCAGCGAGCCUUUUUUAGUGUCGCGUGCGUUGUCACCAUCGCAUAGUAGCAGCUCUUUCUAGGGUCGCGAACGUUGUCAUCACCAGGGACUAGCAUCCCUGUCAAGUGUCGCGUUCGCUGUCACCAUCAGGGACUAGCAUCCCUGCCAAGUGUCGCGUUUCCUGUCACCAUCGCGGACACUAGCAUCCCUGCCAAGUGUCGCGUUUCCUGUCACCAUCGCGGACACUAGCAUCCCUGCCCAGUGUCGCGUGCGUUAUCGGGGAGAAGUAGCAGCCGCCUGUGAUCCCGCGUGACAGCAUGUGGUUCGCAGUCUCUUGUAUGCCGAAGCUCUCCUCGGAGAGACUCGGCGGCGGCGGCGGCGGUGCGAGCAGCUACGACCCGUACGGCGACGCCGUCAGUCUGUACACGUACGGUCAAGAGCCCGAGCUGGCGCACUACCGCAGCCGCAGCGGCCAUCCGUACAACCAUCACAGCGGCGGCAACAACACGAACAUGAACAACCCUCAGUCAAAAUCCCGGCCUAGUGAGUACAUCCCCUACGGACUCUCACCGAAGUCGUCCGUGAUCUCUCCGAUGUCGAUGUCGCCCACGCAGGUAUGUAAUCUGAUGUCUCGACGUUCUCAAUGA